GUACUCUGAGCAGAGCCUAAUUAAACUGGUGGUACAGUAACGGGAAAAGGUUGGGAACCACUGGACUACAGUUUACAUCUCAACGUCAUACGCAAGAAGAUGCGCUCAUUGCGCCGUUGUUGUCAUUGCGUAGCAUCAAUGGAUGGACUGCCUUUGGCUUCUUGGCUUGUUGUGUUGUACAUCAGCGCAGCGCCACCUCGAGGCGAAGGAAGAGAAGCACUCGAGGACCAGGGCUGGGCAGGCAUCAGGCUCCCUCACUGUAUGUCACCGCACCGUGCAUUCAAAGGUUUACAGGAUACAAAUCGGAUGCUGAAUACUCCGUACCUGACAAAGGUGUGUCAUAGGGGCUAAAGGUGAGCAGGUGUGGCAGUGGGCGUGGCAGAGAUGAGUGUCUCUUCCUGGUUCCUGGUGAGUGGCGGGGGCAUGAGGCACCGCCUCCCCUGGGAGAUGAUCUUUGUUGGCCGAGACGACUGUGAACUCAUGUUACAGUCCCGCAGUGUGGACAAACAGCAUGCCGUUAUCAACUAUGAGCCAACCACGGACGAACAUAAAGUCAAGGACCUGGGAAGCCUGAAUGGGACAUUUGUGAAUGAUGUCAGAAUACAGGAGCAGGUGUAUAUCACUUUGAAAAUUGACGACAAGUUGAGGUUUGGAUAUGAUACCAACCUGUUCACUGUGGUGCGAGGAGAGCUCCAUGUCCCCGAGGAAGCACUAAAGCAUGAGAAGUUUAAUAGUCAGCUCCUGCUGCAGACGGUAAAGCCGCCAGAAGCUGCUCCGGUACCAUCCAGACCUGCAGUAGAGGUCAAGGCUGCAGCCGAGGGUGGCUCCGACGGGGCGGUGGCAGUGGGUAGUAAACCCCCUGAGGCCAGCAGAGAGGGGGCCGGGGACGACAAGCUGGCAGGGGACAUUGCAGUACUAAAAAGGGGCACCCCUCUGUACGGCCAGCCUUCCUGGUGGGGGGACGGGGACGCAGACGAUGAGAACUCUGGGAAGCAGGAUGGGACGACAACUGACAGGAAGCAGGAGAGAUCUGAGUCAGAUUGUAAAGACCCCAAGGAGACAACAGCCGUGGCCCAGGAGAAUGGCCUGUACACCUCAAGCCAGGAGCCCAGUUACUUCGAGAUCCCCUCCUAUACCAAUGAACCCCCCUCCCAAGACACGGAAGGCGCCACCGUCACUAACCACGCCUCCGGCCCUGAAGCCGUCCCCCAGGGCCACGCCUCCUUCACCAUCGCGUUUGACCUGCAGGCGUCCAAUAAGGUGACGGUUAAGGACCGGUUGGCGAAGGUGGUGCCGGAGGUGAGGCCACGGCCCCCAAAGAAGGGCGCGGGAGAGGAGCUGAGCGCCCUGCAAACGGCCAUGGUUGCGGCGGAGGUGAAAGUAGCUGAUUGGCUGGCCCAGAACGAGAUCCCAUUGGCCCGUACGGAGUCGGUUGACAGAGUGGUGGAGGACGACGACGGGGAGAGCGUGAAGAGUGAUGUGCCGGUUCAGCUGAAGAGUCUUAAAGGUAGUAAACACGAGGACGGUACCCAGAGCGACUCAGAGAAUGCAGCCGCGCUGGGAGAGCAACGCCGGGCCGCCCUCGAGGACCACUCUAGGGGGCUGUGGGGCGGCCGAAUAGAGGGGUCAGGGGUCAAGAUACGAGAGGGGCGCGCCAACGUCCCAGAGGGACUCUUUGCCGAGGAAGAUAGCCCAGCCCGACGACACAGGUCCUCAGCUUCCAAAAUGGCACCCAUCGGAGGAGAGUUAAGAGAGAGGACCAAGGAUUCCGUUCCUUACCACCGCGACCAACACCAACCGAUAGGACUUGGGGAGGGGUUUCAGAAUCGCCGUGGAGACGACUAUAGCGACCGGGGGACCUAUACCAUAGAGAUAGAGAACGAAGAUAACCAAGAGGAGGAGGCCAGGAGAAUGAUUGACAAGGUAUUUGGUGUGGAGGACUACCAGACUCUGUCCAGGGUGGCGGGCUAUCCUGACAUCCAGAGAGAGAGACUGACCACUCAGAGGCCAGGCUCAGGAGACAGAGGCAAGCCUGGACGUAUCGAACCAGAGGCUCUCCCAGAGGAGCUGGUUGUGGGUGGUCCCAGGUGGGUCUCCCAAUGGGCUACUCUGGCAGCCAGCCACAUCAGGACUGACCCUGAGGGCUCUGGAGCUGAGUCCCAUGUCCACUACCACACCGAGGACAGAGCUGAGAUCAGUGAGUCCAGUCACUCUGCCUCCAUGGCCUCCACCAGCUAUACAGAGCGCAAGAGGAGAACCCUGCCCCAGCUCCCCUCCACCGAGGAGGCAACCCCAGGGGGGAGGAGAUCCCCUGGUCCAGCUCACCGCCCCUCCGAUGUGGGGGAGAAACAGGACACUGAGCUCCAGGAGAAGGAGAACCAGGAGAUGGGGAGAGGAGGGAGGACCAAGCCUGGAGGUGGAGGUGGUGGGGGUAGCCAGGCUGAUAGUGUGGGGGGAAGCACCAGAGGAAGUCCGAAAAAAGGCUCUCCAGCGAAGAACCAAGAUGUGGGAAGCCGGAAAGAAACUGUGUUGGUGAAACUGCCUCCUCGGCCAGGGAGUAGUGGGGGGAAGAGGAUGGAGGAGGCACCAAGGAGGAAGAAGGAGAUGGAGGAGAAGGCUAAAGAAAGGGAGAGUGCUGGGAAGCCGCUUCUUAGACAAGAGAGCUUUACGGUGGAGAGACCCAGCACCAACGUCCCCCAGGAGCUCAUCCCACGGAUUGACACGCAAACUGGGGCACGAAUACUGACAAAGGAGGGCAGGGAGGAUGGUACCACCCGGCAGAAGGAUUCAGAAGUUGUGGCUGCGUUUCUGGAGACAACGGUAUCAGACCUGGGUGAACCAAUUAGCCAGUCCAUCGAGGGGUCUUUGUCACCCGAGUCGGAUGUGGACACCACCAGCACCGUUAGCCAGGCAGCGGGCGUCGGAGGGCGGAAGGUGGUCCACCAGAAGAGACGUACCCUAACUGCCCAGCAGAAAGAGAGGGAGAAGACGGUGCUGUGUUCCUCCACCAAGGGGCCUACCAGAGCCAGAGAUACCCAGGAUAGGAAACCCAAAUCCAGACCGUCUGGAGGACAAGGGACCCGCCAAGCUGGUCGUGCCUGGACCUCCCUGGACCUAACAGAUGACGACGUCAACUCCAACUCCCUCCUCUCCGACUCCCAACCCUCCUUACAGGAGGUUAGCUCCCACAGUUCCCACGCCAGAACCCAGGCCGGAAGCACCAGAGUGGAGGCUAGCACCAAGGCUAGCCGGGCUAAAAACACCCAGGCAUCCAGCACCACCACAAACACCCUCAGUAAACCUACCACCACCUUGCCCAAGGUGCGGCCCACCCGGGCCUCGAUACUCAGACGUGCCCGUUUGGGGGACUCGUCCGAUACCGAACCAGCCGACAUGGACCGGAUGUCCGUAGCCUCCGAGGCUAGCACUGCUAGCUCCAGGUCUGCGGCUCCCGGACCAGGGUUCCGGAGAGGCCUGUCCCGCAUUGACGCCCUAGCCCAGCCCAGGAAGCCCAGGAUGGGAUCUCCUUCUGCCCAGAGUGACUCAGAGGCCACAGGGGGCCGUAGCCGGGGGAUAGGGGCUCGUAGCAUUGCUACCGACUACGCUGUCCGACAGGGACUCAGAGGAGUCAGCAACAUGGGAGGGAUAAUACCCAGGGCCAGGGCUAACAGUGCCUCCAAACUACCUGACAAGUCUAAGGGCUACAUCACCCCCACAGCUGGUGGCCGGUGGCGCCGGAUGCCCAUGGACUAUGCCUCCACCUCGGAGGACGAGUUCGGCUCCAACCGCCACCCGUCCAAGCACGGCGGUCCCGCCCGGCAGUUUGCGUCGCCGCGGCUGACCCAGCUGGGUGGCUCCGCCCCUGCCACGCCCAGUCCGGGAGGUAUAGCGGCUCUGAGGCAGCAGUCAGCAGGCAGAGAACAGGAGGAGUACAUGAAGGACUGGACCACUCACAGUGAAGAGAUCGCCAGGAUCAGUCAGGACCUAGCCAAAGACCUGGCCAUGCUGGCCAGGGAGAUCCAUGACGUGGCCGGAGAGAUCGACUCAGUCAGCCCAGCCGCUAGUGCUGCCACUGACCCAGGAGCCAUGAUGGAGGAGCUAGUUUUUGACGAUGGCUUGGAUCUUGGGAGCGGCCCGUCAACAGAGAGCAUUCUGGGUAAUAACAUCCGCCCCGUGGAGCUCCGGCCACGCAACUCUAACAGACAGGGUCCCCGCGCCAUUCGCCGCCAGACUUGGAACAGAGAGGACGCGGUGUUGGAUAGUUUACUAUUAGCAUCUGUGACCCAGCUCUCUGCACGGAUACGCCAUUCUGUGGACAAAACAGCAGGCAAAAUCAGGAUAUUAUUCAAAGAUAAGGACCGGAAAUGGGACGAGAUUGAGAAUAGACUCCAAGCCGAGCAUGACUCUCUACUCCUCAAGACUUCCAGCACGGAGAUCACCACCAUCCUCCAGGAUCUGAAGAGAGUGGAGAGACAGUUACUAGUGAUUGAUGUGAUGGUGGAUCCGGACGGCACCCUGGAUGCCCUGACCAGCCUGGGACUGACCAGCCCUCUAACCGACCUGCAGAGGGUCAGUCCCGGGGUAGCGGGGCCCUCCUCUGUCGGUCACCCCCCUGGAGGUAGUAGUGGAGAAGGCCCUUCUAGCAGCACCCUGUCGGCCCCCAGCGGUGGACCCUCCUCGGGGGCCUCAUGCACCUCUACCCAGGUGGCAGAGAGAGACCUGGGACUCCAUGUGGAUAAUAAUCUGCCCUCUAGUGGUGGAGAACAGAACUGUGUGGUUCAUAAAUGAGGAGGAUCCUGGAUCUAGAACACACUACUAAAGUACAACUACCUAAACACUUGCGUGGAGGGGCCCUGAUUGAGGCUCACUACUAGGGAGGAGGGUAAAAGACUUGGAGAAAUGGGACUCCCACUGGGCACAGAUGUCAAUUCAAUGUCUAUUCCACAUUGGUUCAACGUAAUUCCAUUGAAAUGACGUGGAAACUACGUUGACUCAACUAGUGUACGCCCAGUGGGUUGAUAUUUCCUUCAAUGUCUGGACAAACCUCCUGAACAUCUGACCUGACCAAAAGAGAAGUAAAUAAACACUUUUGAAUCUUUGUCUAUGACAUACCAAUCCGUUUGUUCAUAAGAAUUGGAGCCAACAGUGAGCGUGUUCUGUAGCUAUAACAUGUAUAUAGAAGGGUUGUGAAAGGAUUAUGUACUGUCAAUACAAUCUAUGUACCAGCACAUGUCCUACAGUCCGUUAUCAACACUACUAUAUCAAUAUUCUUGAACACGUUUGAAAAGGAUCAAGAGUUCUUUUGCAUUAUGGUCUGCUAACUGCACCUGCUUCUGGUUGAUUGAUGACUUUUCAGAAGAUAUUUGAUAUGAUUCUGUUUGUGUUCGACAGUGUUGCCGACUGUGUAACACCGUGUAACUUUACACACUAAAAACAGGUGGUUCUAUAUAGUGGCAAAUAAGGGUUUCUUUGGCUUUUUGGUUCUUUAACCAUACUCAUAAGGUUCUAAAUGGAACCUGUAUGGUGCUAUAAAGAACCUUAUCCUUUAAAAAAGGUUAUAUAUAGAGCCAAAAAGGGUUCCGCUGAGGUUACAACCCUUUUUGGGGCAAAAUAGAACCCUUUUUUUUAUGGAGAAUGGUUCUGUAAAGAUGUAAAGAACCUUCUCAAUCUCAAAGGUUUUUUUUGUAAAACCAUAGAGGGGUUUUAAUUCAGAUUUAAUAUACAUGUUAUAUUGUUAAAAUUCCAUAGAUUUUAUUAUUGUUGAAUCAGGUGUCAACCAUUCUCGAUUGACCCAAGGCCAUACAUGAGUUUGUCACUGGCUAUAGUCACAUAUUGUAUAGCAUGUAACCGCAUAACCCAACAGAUUAGAUCAACUGAAAUUACACUCUCACUUACGGUUGGACAAAAAGAGCUGUUAGCAAACCACGCCCCAAACUAUUCAAAUGAGCCACCAUUUUAAUGAUCACUAAAAGUAAAGAGCCAUUGAGCGGCCCAAAUGGUUAUUUUGGGUCAGUAUGGUUCCACAUAGAAUUAUCACCCUUCCCAAAGAACCCUUGAGGAACCCUCUUUUCUUACUGUGCAGGCUACUAUUAACAAGCGAUGAAGUCACUGCUUAGACUGAUAAGCUUGCAUUUGACUGUUGCUUGAUGGACAGUCUGCUUUGUGGUUACAACCCCUCUUUGGGGGCUAUAUAGAACCCAAAUUACAACAAAAACUAAAUGGACACCAUGGUUCAGCAUUGGAGAAUAGAAUUCAGUGUCUUUCUGAAAAUACUUUUCAGAAUAUCCCGCCAUUAUGCAUAGCAUAGCUCAGCAAAUAUUGUGAAUAUGACCAUAUAGCAUUCUGUGUCUGUUAGCUGACUUGUAGCACUUGCAGCUUGCUGCGCUUGUUCUAAUAUUACGAUUUUUCCACGAAAGAGAGACCAAUAUUAUUCUUCAUUUAUUCAGAUGACAAGACAUAGGGUAUGUACAGUGUUAUGUAUCCAUUUAAAUGUGUAUAAUGUGUAUAAUUAUCCCAUCCAUGCCUUCCCGUGUGGAGUGAUACAGUAUCUUAAGAAUGAUGGAUCAAAGAUAGCUGUACCGUACGUUACUAAUAACUAACUACUGUAGGCACGGUGGUAAAGUAGCUUCCUGAAAAAUGUGUUCCCGAAAGUAGUCCCCAUAUCCAAGUGUAUUACGUCACAAAGUGCCCAUUGUCUAAACCAUUGUUGAUGAAACGAUAAGAUGGAAAUAGCCUGGGUGCCACAUGUCUGGCAUGACAAAUGCGUAAGGAGUUGGAAAGAGUGCAGAAGCAGGCUAGGAGGUGUAGCUAAGCUAACGUUUGUUGAUUUGCACAAGUUAAAGCUGUGGUGAUUCACCACAGAGUGGUGGUGUUUAGUAAGGAUACCCAGAACAGGCCUGGGUGUACUCCUUGUGGAUGCUGGGUUUCAUUGGAACUUGUUUUUUUUAUUGAGAACUGGUUUUGAUUAUCCAUUAUGAUUGAGUCCACAGGAGGCUGGUGAGGGGAGGACGGCUCAUAAUAAUGACUGGAAUGAAGAGAAUGGAAUGGAAUCAAACACAAGGAAACCAUGUGUUUGACGUGUCAAUACCAUUCCAUUCCAGCCAUUACUAAGAGCCCCUCCUCCCCAAUUAAGGCACCACCAGCCAUCUGUGAUUACGUCAUGGAAUACACACUAGUGUUCUGGUUAACGUACUUGAAGAACCCUUAUGAAGCGAAGAGAUCUGAGUAAAAACCAGCAUAGAAAGGGAUAGUCGGGAGACCAGGAUCAUGUUCAGUCGGGAGAAAACGUUUUGAAAUGGAGUUAAGCGGGUAGGUAACCACUCAUUUUCAUUAUCCGUUGCAAAACAGUUUGCUACAGUGUGCCCUACUGAACAUGACCAAGUGCUGAGAGAAACCAUGACAUGGACCGGGAAGUAGCUCUAUAUACCCCAUAGAGCUAGAUAGAGGACACAACAUUGUAUCUGUCCCUUUAUGGCGUCUGUGAGAGCAUACAGCACCAUUGAGGCCAUCUCCAUUUUGAAGUGGUUACUUUUCUUAUUCUACUACUAUGAGUUGGUAAACAAACUGAAAGGGUGCACACUGCCACCUGGAGUGUGUUGUUUGAACAGGUAUAAAUCCAAGGUUUAUGAUUUAUUGCCACCUGCCGUUAUGGAAUGUUUGUUCACAAGUGUAAUUCAUUGGCUGAUCCCUCCUGAUGAGCUGGUUUGAAUGAUGUGAUCCUUUCUUAACCCAUAAGAAGUCCCACCCAGUUCUACUUAAAAAUGGUGUAAGUCCUCAAUGGUGCCGCCCAUGCUAAAAUGGCUUUUAGACACUAGAGUCCUCUAUCUACCUCUAUGAUAUACCCAAACUGUAUCUGGAUGUCCUGCCUCAUACCAAUGUUUACACAUGAAUGUAACCUGAUCGUAAAUGUUGAUGUUUCUCAGCCAAAACAGCUUGAUUAUUAAUAAAGAAAAUAGCAUUUUGUGUCUUAUUAGUAAGGUCUUUAUUGUCUUUAUGUCAUUUCAAACCUUUGACAUGUUUCUGCUUGUAUAUUUUGUACGGAUAGGUUUUCUAAUUGUCAUGAUGUAUUUGUUAUCUUUGUAAGAUAAUGGUUACAUGAUUUUUUUGUUUGUCUACUUUCCACUGGUUUUAAUAAAAUGCAUGAUUAUCA